AUGUUGAAGCAUCGGGAUGAUGCGGCUUGCCCUGGGAAAGGGUUCUACACUUAUGAUGCUUUCGUAGCUGCAGCCAAGUCAUUUGGAGCUUUUGGAACAACUGGUGCUACAGACAUUCGUAAGAGAAAAUUGCUGCCUUUUUGGCACAAACUUCCCAUGAAACCACAGGUGGGUGGGCUACUGCCCCGGAUGGUCCAUAUGCUUGGGGAUACUGCUUCAAAACAAGGCAACCCACCAAAUUAUUGUGUUGCAAAUCAACAAUGGCCAUGCGUUCCUAGUAAGAACAACUUCAACUAUGGUCCAGCAGGAAGAGCCAUCGGAUUGAAUCUGCUAAGCAAUCCCGAAACUGUUGUGAACGAUCCAGUAGUUUCGUUCAAGACAGCGUUUUGGUUUUGGAUGACACCCCAAUCACCAAAACCUUCAAGUCACGACGUCAUCACCGGAAUAUGGAGGCCAUCGGCAGCAGACACAGCGGCCGGUCGUGUCCCAGGCUAUGGUGUGAUCACCAAUAUCAUCAACGGUGGAAUUGAAUGUGGUAAAGGUUCUAACCUAGAGGUGGAGGAUCGGAUCGGUUUCUACAAGAGAUACUGUGACAUACUGGGAGUCAGCUAUGGCAACAAUCUGGAUUGCUACAACCAAAGGCCUUUUGCUUAG